AAUUAAAGAAACGGUCACACUGCUUUUGAUCACAAAAGAGCGCGGAUAAACCAGCACAGAGGAGCAUCUUGAUCAACCGCAGCGCCAUGGACGCCGCCGUACCGGAUCCCGCGCUGCUGGCGAUGAACAAGCUGAACAAGGGCUCCAAGUGCCGAGCCUGUCUAUCGGUGGACCGGAAAACCGUGCAGUUGAGCGCCGAGGUGCCCAACCUGCAAAAGUCGCGCACCUACGCCCAGAGCCUGAAGCAGUGCACCAACCUGGACCUGCGGGUCAUUAGUCCAGGUGGCUACCUCUGGCCCAUGCAGAUCUGCGUGCGCUGCUGUCGCGCCCUGGAGGUGGCUAUGCACUUUGUCGAGAUGGCCCUGGAAUCGAAUCUCAAGCUCCAUGCCGAAGCUAAAAGCGUCAAGCUGCCCAGUCCCACUGGAGAGCUUAAACGAAAGGCCAGCAACGAAACGAUUCCCUGGAAUCAGUUUAGCCAGGAGUUCGAGCAGUUUGUCGAGGGCUACGAGGGUCCCAUCGAGGAGAAUGUCCUCUACAUGCGAGGAACCAAGGUGCCGCGACUGGACGUCGACGCUUCUUCGAGCAGCAAGACACCGCCGAAGGAAGAUGAAGUCAUACUCUUCGACGUCAAGUACGACACCAAUGAUCUGGAGGAGGAGGACGAGAACGACGGCUCGGAUGCGAAGAACAAUGAGACCUUCUUCGAAAACAGUAUUACAUCUGGAGAGACAGUAAUGGUCGUCUCAGUUGCGGAAAAAGCUGUCGAGAAUAAUAACAAUUACAAUUUCAAUAACAAAAACGGCGAUGUGACGGACGAGGAGUGCGACCUUAUACAACGCGCUCUGGAGAUGACUCUAAACGACGAUGGCUGUAGCCAAAGUCCCAAGAAGGAGGCCAGCAAUGAAACUCAGCUGAAAUCCAAUGGAAUAGAGGUCUCAUCGCCACUCUUUAUUAAGCUGGCCACGACUGGCAGCACGACAGCCAAUAUACCAAUUUUGAAAUGCAACAUUUGCCAAUACACGCAUACCGAUGCAGAGCAGCUAAAGAUUCACUACAAAAGUAUUCACAAGAUUUCAAUGAUCGAAGACGAAAUAAUUGGCCUAAACAAAAAUCAAAACUUCAAGUGCCGACCUUGCAAUAGUUAUGAGACGAAAGACAGGUCUGAAAUGCAGAAGCAUCUCAUCGAUCACCACAAGAUAGAUGGUGAUUUUGAAAUGUACUGCUAUAUGCAAGCAAACUGCCCGGCUUGCGACAGGAUCUUCAAGGAUCAGCGCUCGGCUAGAAAACAUUACACCAGGGUGCACACUCCGGUGCAAAUUUCGGUGUCGCCAACGGAGUCAUAUGCCUGCACGGCAUGCGAUAAGGUGUUCAACCAGAAGGCCAGCCUGCACAGCCAUCAGCGUUUCUGCCAGGUGAAGGAUGUCGUGCAUUGCAGCUUCUGCGACCAACAGUUCAACAGCAUGCGCAAGUACGAGCUGCACUUGCAGCAACUCCAUGCCGUGGAAACAGUACACGAGUGCGAGAUCUGCCGGCGGAGCUUCAAGAGCGCCGAAACCCUAACGAUGCAUCGCAAGCGGCACUCGGAGCGGCACUUCCAGUGCGGUAAGUGCUCGCUGAACUAUGUUAACUCAGCGGAGUUGCGAGUGCACUACGAACGGGCUCACGUCAAUGAGGAACCAGUCAGCUGCCUUACCUGUGGCAAUCAGUUCCAAAACAUGACCCUGCUGCGCGAGCACGAGCAAAGAAGUCACCAGAAGUCGAAGGUCUGGCGCUGUGAGGUGUGCAACUUUGAGACGAAGACCAGAUGGCGCAGGCGUCAGCAUCAGUACGAGCACAUGGAUUAUCCGUACAAGUGUCAGAAGUGUACCAACGAGUUCGCUGAUCGCAGCAAAUUUCGCCAACAUUCCAAGAAGGUGCACGGCAUCGAACUGAGCGACGAGCAGUUGGCUGAGAUGUUCCGCGAGAAGAAGGGCUACACCAAUCGGCAUGAUGCAUUCAACAAGUCGAUCAACUCGCUGGAGAUUCCAGGCCUCACGGAGGACUGUUUCGCCGAGCUGGAGAGCCUGGGCGUGGACUAUGACGACAUAACUACUGAUCUCUUUGCCAGCUCCGCCGCUCUGGACAACCUGCUCAAUUUGAUACCUUAAAAACACGGCGACGAUCAAUCUACCUGCAUAGAAUUUACAAAUUUAAACGGCACACAUAUUAGCUGACGAGAGCAAGAAGACUGUCUGCACUUUACAAAUCGCCCUAACAGAAAUAGCAUUUAUACACCACACUGUUUAAGUUUGAACAACUAUUUUGCUCAACCGAAUCAGAAUCCAGAUUAGAACAUUCAUUAGUAUGUAUUCACAGUGAAACCAUCAUAUUUUUGAAGUCACCAUCUAAAUAAACAAGGACACACACGCGUUUCUGAAGCGCACAAAACUCCCUUCGUUUCGUUUUACACUCUGUCGGAGUUUGUAUUUAAACUAUUUCAAUUUGAAUAACUAAUUAACACCCUGGAUGAAUUUUGAGAGGAAGUCGGUGGGCUUGGGAUCCUGCGAUUCUUUCCAGUAGCGCAUGAUAUGGCCCUUCUGUUUCCAGAUCUCCACGGAUUCCUUAAGCUCCAUUUGGCCCUGCGUUAGAGAAUAUUAACACCUGCAGCAUAGAUCACUUAUGGAUGCUUUUACCUUGAUGACCAGCAUGUCGAUCACCCGGAUGUCGGUCACAUUGCGAUGCUUGACGAACUCUUCGCGCAGCUUGUCACGGCACUGCUCCACGGUCAUGGGGAUGUCGUAGUCCAUGACUGCAAGCGGACGGAUGGCGUUACAUGGCGUCGGGAUACGGAUGCAUACGGUGAUGACAUAACCAGGAGCACUUACCGAUGUAGGGAAUCUGGCGGUACCAGGCCUUGUACAGAUUGAGGGCGCGUUUGCGGGCCUCCUCCCGGUCCACGGACAGGAUGGGACGCACCUGCUGCACGGCUCGCUUCACGGCUUCACGUCCGGCCAUUUGAUUUGUUUUUAUUUCUUUCUGUUUUUCCUACGACCGAAUUGCUCCAAGCAGAA